GUGUUUUUUUUAUAGAACUGGGCUUGGUUAUGGAGAUUCAAACACUCCAUGAGUUGACAAAGUCAGUGACGUUUAGAGUCCAGCUUGUCCAAGAAAAAUCAUUUUGUUGUUUAUCUCUUACUGUUUCAAAAAACAUCUUCAAUCUAAGAAGGACUUGCCAAAAAAUCUGUAGCAAUAAUAUGAGGGCAAUGUUGAUCACAAUAGUUACUUCAUUGUUAUUCGUGUACGUUGUUAAGUCUAGAAAUCUUUUUUCUUCUUCAGACCCCAAACCCGAGAGACAAACACCGAGGUACAUCUGAAAGAGUCAUUGCAUCUGUUCUUCUUUAUUUGAAUCUUCAUCUCGAAAGCGAACAAAGGUCGAUGCAGGAUGAAUCACAUUAUUUGAUGUGUAGUUCUCAGUUGCAUGUUUUCAUUCUGUAUGAUAAUGUUGAGAAAAGGAUUCAUAAACUCACUACUAAUAACUUACUUGCUGCAGUAUGAUUAAGGUUCAGUCGACGAGAUCGUCGCUCAGAAAAUGAACCUUCGAUGUGGCGGCCGUGCAUCUGAGAAGGAAGUGCAGCUCAGCACGAAGGGUACCGAACGGGGCGAGGCUUCCAAGGAAGAAAGACGUGACGAGAGAAACUGUCGAAAAGCCAUGAGGCGAAUCCAGCAGCGCUUUUUCCCCCGGAGAAAUAAACUCGAGGCCAGCGUCCGAGUAGGACCGCAGAGCGACGUGGCGGAAGCAAAGAGAACUCGGCCCUGUGCAGAGCACACUCUCAAAGCCUUCUUCCGGCCGUCCGCUUCAAUCGACGGUGCAAAUCUUCACGUCAUCAGGUCAUCAGGUCUUCACGUCAUCAGGUCCCACCGCCACGUCUGCAGAAUCGUGUGGUCGCCACACGCCCCAUACUGGAAGGAAGGAAGCCCAGCAAUAAACGCGAGCGCAGUCCCGAAUGGCAAACGCUGUCGACAGUCCGCCGCUCUCGCGAAUCGCGAUUUGCUGCUCCUGCUCCUCUGCUCCUGCUGUCGAUGGUAGUUGCUGAUCUCGCAGACAACGUACCUCGAUUCGCCACACGCUUCGCUCCCGCAUCGAAGCUGCUGUUGCUGCUGUUGAAGGCAUUCCCUCAUUCGCUCCAGAGAUCGCGAACGGUGUUUUACCUCCUUGGCUCCUUCGCUCGCUUCGACCGGAUCCCGACCAGCCUCGAUUCUACGUCGGACGACAAUCCGCUGCAGACGUUGUCCCGCGGGGCUUUGGGUGCGGGGUGCGGGGUGCGGGGGGCGUUGGGCGCGCUUUUUCUCGGUGGGGCGCGGGGGAGACAAUUCGGCGGCCGAGCGUUGAGCAUUUGGGCCCCGAUUCCUGUCGGCCUUGGCUCGCCUCGGCUGGGCUGCUUUCUGUCUCUCUCUCCCCGCGCCCGGGCUCGUGCGGUGGUUAUGCGCAUAACUGCCGAAGCCUUCUUCUUUGCACGCGGGCGGGAGGGCGGCCGGAUGGAUGGCGGACGCGCUCGGGGCAUGUACGUGGCACUGAAACCUCAAUCAAUCUCGAGCACUUUUGGCCAGUGAGAAGCGGGGGUCGGCCAUGUUUCGAACGAAGAGCCGAAUUCCGAAUUCCCUUUGACGAGCAAAACGGACUGCAAUCGUCGGGAAAUGGUGCACAACCAUUGAUCUCUGUCUUCGUGCCCCUUCGCCUUUAGCACUCCUUCAUCAUUGUGAACUGGGACAGUGAGAGCGCGAUUCGUCAGGACGAGUUUCCGGGCACUUGCGAGUUCGUUUGAGCUCGUCCGAGAGCUCAGAUAAGCUCGUCAUCCAUCUGAGCUCGUAGCAGCGAGAUAGGCCUCGUUGCGCACGAGGGCUUGGAGUCUGAGACGAGUGUAGGUUGUGAGGUUGGCAAAAAUGUGGAGGAAGAAGAUUCACGAGACGGCCAGCAGGCCGAUUGCCGGGGAGGAGGGGCAUUGUGCAAUUGGGGCUCCUGAUCAGGAGGCCCAACCCAAAGUGAUGAACAUGGAGCUGCAGCUGAUUAACGGCAUUUCACCAGUUAACAGUCCCAGGCGUCCACCAAAACCACCACCUCCGUCGCAGCUCAUUGAAAGGACCGGGGCUAAUGGCAUUAUGAUGCUCAGCAGCACCCCGACCAUCCUCAUCGACAUCUCUAAAGCUGGGGUGGUACCUGGUAGCCAUGAAGACCAAGAGUCUGAAGCUCAAGAACAACAACUACAGCAGAUAACGAGCUCAAGUCCUCGAAAUGCCCAUUUUCCAAACAUGUCCAAUUCGGCCCACUUUUCUCCUCAGCCUUGGUCGUCAGAUGCUCUUCACAUCGAUGAGCAUUGGCACUACUCUCACAGGUCGCCUUGGCUUCGAGCUCUAGUCCUGGGAGCUAACGAUGGACUCGUGUCCAUCAGUUCUUUGAUGCUGGGAGUUGGGGCUGUGAAAAACGACGUGAAAGCCAUGAUUAUAUCUGGACUAGCGGGCCUUGUGGCUGGAGCUGGUUCCAUGGCUAUUGGAGAAUUUGUUUCAGUCUUCUCCCAACGGGACACUGAGCUGGCAGACCUGGAGAAGGAAAGGCAGGAGCAUGCCAAGGGGCCCGAGGCGCAAGCUCGGGAACUAGAGGAGCUCACUCAGAUUUACGUCGGCCGAGGGUUGACUUACUUCCUCGCAAAGCAGGUAGCGGUAGAACUAUCGAGGGUGGAUGUUUUGAAGGCGCAUGCUCGAGACGAACUAGGAAUCGACGUUGAUGCUCUUUCCAACCCUUUGCAGGCCGCUCUGGCAUCAUCUCUGGCCUUCUCUCUUGGUGGUGGAGUGCCCUUGCUUGCAGGAGCCUUCAUUCAAACGUACAAAAUACGAAUUGCAGUGGUGGUGGCGGUAUCUUCAUUUGCAUUGGCGGCCUUUGGGGCGGCAGGAGCGCGACUAGGAGGAGCUCCAAUGAUCAGAGCUGCGCUUAGAGUGUUGAUAGGAGGAUGGUUGGCUAUGCUGCUCACUUAUGGAAUCCUUAGACUGUUAGGCACCUAUGGGUUCCAGUGAGCAACCAAGUAAAUCAGAAAGGUUUUGCAGCAUCCGAAACUGAACUACUUCACAACAUCCCCACACUGAGGCUCUUGACCAUGAUAUUAUAAUCAAAACGGCUUGAAAUUAGUGCACUGCAGACUGUAAUCUUUUUGACCUAUACAUAACGCCAUCAAAAGAUCGUCGAUCAGCUCUGCUGUUUAAGCUACUAGUAACAAAUAUAUUCUUUUCGUACAAGGGGUUGUACUCGUGCUUCAUGUCUGAACAUGGUGCCUUCGAGGCUAAUAAAACUCUGUUGAAGCGCAUCUCUGCGCUUGUGAUGU